GUGAGUGUUCAUUCCACACGCUGACACAAACGAACACUGCCAUGCAUAGCACGUUGUUUCAAAUGCUUUACCUUGUGCGAGGCGUUUAUAUCUACAUUCAUUUGUAUUUAGUGAGGAGAAGAAGAAAAAAAAAUGCAUUUGCAUAUCGACACUGUAGGCUAUAUGUCUUCGAUGACAGAUAUGGUUACGGAUUAAAUUAGUGUGUCAAAUGAGAUGUUGGGUACUGUACAAUCUAGCUCCUUUGGUCCAGUAGGGCGUUAGUACGGUUUACUACAGAUUAGCUUUCUGCAUCUUUGAGCGGUAAAGGCCAUAGACGAAAUCAUUGAACAGUAUGUUUAGUGACUGGAUUUAAUGUACUCAACACACCAAAGUAAAGAUGAUAAUAGAGUGCAGAAGAACUGUUCUCUCUAUGUGGCAGCUGCUAUUUCUCCAAAAUACGAAAUAAACUACUUGUUUUGAGAACAUUUUGUUUACCGCUAUUUUUAGUUGUAUGGCUAGGUUACUACGAGCUGUCACAGAUUAGCCAUUGGCUGUGUGUGCAUCCGAUGUAGCGCACAGACGCAUGCGCACACAGAGCUAGUAUUUUUACGUAUUCAAUUCAUAACUGGCCAGUUUUAAUUGUUGCAAUAAUGUUGCACAUUUUAAUGACUGAAUGGAAAGGCUGAUUCUCCAUUUAGUAGGUGAAAUAGUUUCCCAUACUCUACUGUCUUACAUUUCAUACGAAAUCUAAAUAGAUCUCUACCCAUGUGUUUCAAGCACUAGUCACAAGUACAGAGAAAAGUAUUGUCAUUUAUUACAGUUUGCUUACUGUGUUACUCAAGAAAAAAUUUAUUUUUCUCACUACAGUAGCUCAACAGUGAAACAGUCACCAGUGAUGUGGUUUUAAAUGAGUAAGCUUCUUGAGGCCUACUUCAAAGGGAUGCUCUACAUUUACAAGGCCACCCAAAGUCCUGAAAAUUGCCUACACCAUGUAAAAAAAGCUUUAUUUCAUUCAGUGGGCUAGAAUGCCUGAAUGUGUGAUCAGUCAGCUGCAUGACAAAUCAUAUUUUGACAGAUACAGUAUGAUUUUAAUAACCAGCAAUAGUACAUAUAAUAGCACAUUCAUGGCUCACAGGUAGGCUAAUUUACCAAAUGAGAUCUGAUGUUAUUGAGUGUGGUAGAUAGAUAAUUUCAUUUGAGUUUGUCAUAUGAAGUCUGUAAAGUUCUAUAUUGGACUGCUGUGCUGCCUGCCUUUUCAUUUUCCUGGAUAUUGUGCGUAUCACUGUGCCUUCUCCUUCUCCCCAUCCAAGGCAGCACAGAGAGAUUAGCACAUGUCCAUGUGCCUAUAAUUAUAGCUGUAGUCCCUUUCAGUGGAUCCUUAAAUGAUUUGCUUUUACGUAAAGCCUGCGCUUGUGAAGUACAAGGGCACGACUCCCUCAAUUAAAAGAAGGAAAGUCACUUCUCACUCAUUUCACCGCUUUGAAACCUUAAUCCGUGGAAAAUGGGAGCUUCCUCCCCUUUUCUAAUAUGAGAUCAAAGGAGUUAUGAAUAGCAUUACACAUUCCUUGCUCGAUGUGCGAAGCUGCUUACAUUUGCAUUGUCAAACUGAAAGGCCUGUUAUAAGAACACUGAAUGAAAAGGUUUUUAGGACACAAUAUUACCCUCUGUUUUGCUCAUUGAGCACUGAUCCUAAUGUAAUCAUAGUUUUUAGAAAUAUCUGUGUAUAUUAUUGCCAUUUACACCAAUGGGGGAAAAUAGAAAAUGCUUCUAUGACCUACAACUCAAUUAUAGCCCACAGAUAAAAUCAGGGUGAACAAUUCAAUACACUAGGAGUGUAGUCUUUCAAGUAUGUCAUCUCCCAAAACAUUUCAAUCAUAAGACAUUUGCUCUCGAAUACAUUUGGUGCCAUGCAUUUUAUCCAGAUUAAAGGAACAUGAAAUGACAGAGGCUAACCUAUUUGUUAAAAUAUUUUCCCAGAUGUCAGACUACAGUUCAUGUUAAUGUCUAGUAAAAAAAAAUAUUUUGAUGUGUAAUAAAUGUUAUGUAGCCUUUAUCUUAUACGUGUUAGUAUUUACUACAUUUGCCACCUAGCUGGUUGAUCAAGUGGGCCCUCAACCCUAACUACCUUCCGCACAGUGCUCAAUAGGACUGAACUUUAGUUAGCCUUAGCCUCAAUCUGCCAUGUUCUCAGCUGCUACAGUAUCUGAGGGGAUAUCUCAUCAGAUCCCAUGUUUAGGAUAAAUAAAUCCUCCAAGAGAACGUAACAGAGCUAGCCUCCUCCCUGUCAGCCCCCAUCCAAGAUGAUGCCCACACACACAGACACACACACAGACACACACAGACAGAAUGCAUGCUUAAACCCUGAAUGGCCGAAGGGACCAAAAGGGAGGUGUCGGAAUCUGGCACGCACGCUCCAGCGAUCUGUGUUUGUCGCCGGUCAUUGCAAUCCCAUCCAACCCUGUGCCUGCUACCCCCAAGGGCACAAUGGGGGUAGUUCUUCUGGUGAUGACUUUAAUGGUCACGAUUGGUCCUCACAGUGACGUUUUUAUGCAUUUUUAUAAGGAAAUGCUGGCUGCCUCCCCCCACCCUUGCUAUCUAGGCCUAUGUAAAUCCUGUAUUUCUGCAUGAAAUCCCUUUGCACCUCAGGGUGAUGUGUGUGAGUGUGUGUGUGUGUGUGUGGUGAGGGGGGUGUUAUGCACUUCAGUGUGUUUUGCCAGGAUACACACACACAUAAUUUAUAAAGCUGUGGUGAUUAUUGGCUGAUUUUCCUCUUCGAUUUUUCGUAGAGAGUUAAUAUGUACUAUAGUCGCCCUAUACUCUGGCAAUGUUGUCAGUGACAUUGAGGAUGUGAAGCUAAAUUCUAAAUGUAAGGGCAUUGUGCUAAAUAUUAGAAAAGCCAACAACAACAAUGAGCCAGGGGUAGAAAAAAUAAUGUUCCAAUAUGUACCUUCCAAUUAUGUUCCAAUAUUCACUUUUUGUCAUGUUGUUUUGUUUCCAGACUGAAAUGGUGUUUCGGUUUAAUGACUAAGCCUAUCUGAGAGUCUCCAGUCAGACUGGUCAGGUAGUGAAAUGACUUGUCAGCAUUCACAGUGUCAUUACCGUGUUAUUAAUUCCUGAGUGGUUUGGUGCGUUGGGGAUUCCCUGUCACAUCAGUGUGUGGGGGAGAGAAUGGUGACAUUAACCCUUUCAGUUAAUUUCUGCCAUUUAGGUGGAAUGGUGUCAAUAACCUGAAUACUCUGAAAAGGUGGGCGAAAGGUGAGGAGAGAUUUGAUCAUCAAUUGGUCCAUUUUGCAAUGAAUGGUGGUAAGGUUGGAAAUCCCCCCGGAGAUGUGGUCGAAAACUUGUUGUUUCGUGUUCUAUUCCAGAUGAGAUGUUUGUCUUCUGUUAGCUGUUGUUAUGCCAUACAGUAAUGGUCCAUUGUCUAUCUACAUCAUUUAAAAACAUUAUAUGAAAGCUUGCAUGCUGCUCUGUGCUUGGCAAGAGUCACACAGUAGGUCAGAGAUGUCAAUAUGUCAUCUAAACAUUUAGAUUUUGUUUACAAAUUUAAUGCUGCCAAUAUAUCUUGGUUUUCCAUUAAGCGUUUUGUUACAAUGGGUCACAAUUGUGCUUUCAAGAAGAUUUAUUUUUGUAAUUGGCCUAAACUUCUGUUUGCCUUUUUAAAACAUUCACCUUCUACUGAACUCCAUAUCUACCAUCUUUUAAACGUUAAAAGGUUUUGUGGUGUUUAAAAAAUUACAUAGCAAAUGUUCUACUUAAGAUAUGACUUGCAUUUAAGAACGAGAGAGGGACCAAGAUAUUGACUGAUUGGAAAGUCUGUUGGCGAAUGAUGAGUGUAGCAAAUACUUUACUACCCAUUGUGGGCAGCUUAAUGGAAGAAUGAGAUGGAGGACAUAACAUUUACUGUAGUAAACUGGAAAACAUGGGGAGGAAAUUUGUUGGAAAAGAAAUUACAGAAAACCUAUUUAUAUGUCUUCAGGUCAGUUUACCAUAGAUGUACCAUAACUGAUACAACUGGUCAGAUUUAUUUUGUCCCACAGGAAAUUAAUAGACUAUACUUCCCAAAAUCCACCUGGUCUUUUCCUCUUUCCCUGCCAAGGAGGCCUUCAUUGCCAAUCUCUGAAAGCAAUGAUUUCCCUAUUCUUACUGCAGUUAUUUUGUCUUUGAUUAUUAUCAUCAAUUUUUCUCUCCUCAGAUUCAGAAUACCCUAUCCAUGACUGUGCUACUGGUAGAGGCGUUCUACGGUGGCUCCCACAAACAGCUGAUAGACCUGCUUAGAGAGAAUGUGGAAGACUGCGUGGCCUACACACUGCCGGCUAAGAAAUGGCACUGGAGGGCCAGGACAGCAGCUCUGUACUUCAUGCAGGCUAUCCCGGCUAGCCCCUCAUACAGGGUCCUGUUUGCCAGUUCUGUGCUGAACCUGUCUGAACUGGUGGCCCUGCGUCCUGACCUGGCCACACUGAAGAAGGUGCUCUACUUCCACGAGAACCAGCUGGUCUAUCCGGUCCGCAAGAGCCAGGACAGAGACUUCCAGUACGGAUACAACCAGGUCCUCUCAUGCUUGGUGGCAGAUGUGGUGGCGUUCAACUCUUCUUUCAAUAUGGAGUCUUUCCUGUCCUCCAUUUCGUCCUUCAUGAAGAUGAUCCCCGACCACAGGCCCAAAGACCUGGACAAGCUCAUACGCCCAAAGUGUCGGGUCCUCCACUUCCCCAUCCAAUUCCCCCAUGUCACAAGGCCUGAAGAACUACUAAAUUCUGUUGAAGAGGAAAAGGAGGGACUUCUCAGUCUCAGCUCCCCUCUGGCUCCCAAAGCGCUGUGCUUGAGCCCAGAGCUAGAGGCUGCCAUGCUGGAUCAGAGGGAAGGCACCAGGCAGGCUGAGGCUCCUUCUCACCUCAGGGAAGAGAGAGGGCCUGGGGGAGAGAUGGAGGAGAAGGAAGAGGGGGAUAGAGGAGGAGAAGAGGGCCACGUCAGACCUCUUCAUAUCGUCUGGCCUCAUAGGUGGGAACACGACAAAGACCCCGAGCUCUUCUUCAAGACGCUGCUGAAGCUGAAAGAGAGAGGCCUGGGCUUUCAACUGUCUGUCCUGGGGGAGACCUUCACUGACGUACCAGACAUCUUUGCGGAGGCCAGAGUGGACCUGAAUGCCCAUGUCCUCCACUGGGGGUUCAUGCCCAGUAAAGAGGACUACCUACAGGUCCUCUGCCAGGCAGAUGUGGUGGUCUCCACAGCCAAGCAUGAGUUUUUUGGAGUGGCCAUGCUAGAAGCUGUUCAUUGUGGCUGCUAUCCACUCUGCCCCAAGGCUUUGGUGUAUCCUGAAAUAUUCCCAGAGGAGUAUCUGUACUCUACACCUGAGCAGCUUUAUAAGAAACUACAGGGACUGUGCAGAAGGCCAUACGUGGUGAGGAGACAUCACGUUAAGGUUGACACCAGUUCCUAUUCCUGGGCUGCUCUGAAGGAGGACUUCAGGAGUCUGCUGGCAUGCAAAGAGGACCACCAUCGCUGACAGACAGACAGACAGACUAAAACUGGGCCCAAGGCGAGUCUCCACGGAUCUGCUAAGAAGUGGGCACACUUACUUCACUCGAUUAGUGGCAGAAUGAGAUGGAUUUAAAGGUUGAUGGAAAGUCUGCAGCGUAGAGAGUGAGGGCUGUCGUCAUAGCUGCCUGACAUGGAGCCACGGGCUACAAACCUGUGGUGGCCUCAGACAGCCUGUCCCCACCACCUCUCUCUCCACUCAGCUCCACUCUGCUCAAAUCAAAGCCAUGCCUUUGAGACAUUGUGCCUGUUGUAAACGUCCCCAUCUUCACGUGCGAGAGAGAGGUCUUUUACCGUGGUUUGAAUUUGAAAUAAAGAGAAAAUAACAUGUAAACUCUUUCAAAGGUUUCUCAAAGGCCUCAUAUAUCCGGUUUUAUUCAUUUGUAUCCUGUACUGGAGAGGACCUGGAGCUGGAAUUGCUUCCCCCCACCCCCCACCACUCCCGACAGAGUGGCAGCCAAGUUGUGGCUUGAAAUGCUAUUCUCUGCUUCCCCACAUGGGUUGCCAGGGGCCUCAUUUAUAAAUCGUGCGUACGUACAAAAUAUACACCAAAAUGUGGGUGCGCCAGUUCAUACAAAAGUUGGCAUUUAUAAAAAAUGUACUUGGCGUGAGAAUGUGCUCACCUCCCUGCAAACUUUAGACGAUGCGUACGCACAUCUCUGCUAGUGUAUGAAAUAUUGUAUUGCAAUCUGGCAAGUAAGUAUUUUGUGCAAAUGGGGGAUAUGAUGAAAACCUUAUUCAUAAAAAACAUAUUAACAAGAAUACAGCCAUUUGCCAUUAAAGUGGAACUGACAGCAUUUUAGCAACAUUAAAUCUUAUUAAAAUAUACACCUCCAGGAAGAAUGAAACUUUUUUUUUACAUUUUCUGACAAGCGAGCACUUAGAUAUGGUCAUUUACACAUUUUGAUACAUUCUUAGUAUACAUACUUCACAAACAUUCUAAAGCAUUUGUAAAAAUUCUAUAGCAAUAUAAAGUGGGAAAGCGGCUGUGCAUUUGGACAAUUAAUAGACACUGCAGUAAAUAAAACCUUAAAAAAACAUCUGUCUCGUCCAGGA